AUAAACCGACACCCCCGGAAUCGGGUGCUGCCCUCCCCACCUUGCCCCUUGCCUUCCGGCCCCAUACACUGCCAAAACAGAAGUGUAGGGCGCCGCCGCCGCAUCUCUCCACGGGUGACGUGAUACUCACGAACGCUGUCGCCGAUUAUACCCACAUGUGCUGCUGCAAUAAUGCCCGCAGGCGCACCAGUCCCGAAUGUCCCUGCUGUCCAUCCCUCCAAAGAGAGCUCGCUCUCUGAUGCCGUGCCCCGGACCCCACAGAAAUCACCGUCUUCCUCCUCCUCGUCCUCCUCCAAACCAGACCCACCUCGUCCUGCCAUAACACCACGAUCCGCCGCCAUCACAGCAAAAAAUAACUACGUCUCGCCAUAUAAACAGGCUCCCAGGAGCACUACACCAACCUCACGCUCAAACACGACGACACCGGUAUCGCGGGCCAACACGUCGACGGCGCCGGCGAAUGUCAACCACUUCAAGGACAUCGUGAGCCGCUUUAACACAACGUCCGACGAGAAGAUACCUAAUCCGACCAAUCGCAUAGCCGCUAAUGUUGCUUCGGCAACUAGCUUGAAGAACAGGAAACCGCAAACAUGGAAGGCAAACGGCGCUGCGGAGCUCAAGAAGGCGAGUGCAGCUGCAGCGGACAAGGGCCGGUCUGCCAGUGCCAGUGCAGCCCCCCCGUCCGUACGGUCAGCAAGGCAACCUUCCAGCAGACCGGCAUCUGCAGCUGCAAAGGGGACCGGUGCGACCACUCGCUCUACUGCUACUGUCAAUUCGCGUCAGACAAAAGCAGGACGAAGAAUAUCGACUUCAUCGAGUACCGCGUCGUCUGAUAAUCUCUCCGCGGACAACAGAUUAUUGCCGCCCCUGCAGACUUCCUUUGCUUCCAGAAAUACCCGAGCCAGGGGCAGGACUACCCACCGGAGAAGCAGAUCUAUGGAGGCCCCUUCACCAUCGGCUGCGUCCAUGGCCGACAACGAGAGCGACGGCGCCUCCCAGUCGGAGUCGCACCCACCUCUACACCACCGGCGAAGUCGCUCGAAUCUGGAGUCAACCAGCGGCUCACCCGGCAUUGAGAUACAACUCGACCCUGACCUGUGGAGGGACUUCGACAAACAUCCUGCGGCACAGUCAAACGCGUCGUCGGCCGGUGCCAAAUCCACCACGAGAAACGUAGCGCCUCCCGCCGUUUCAUCUCACGGUUCCAGACGGUCUCCGCAACCUACCACCAGAGACAAAAGCCCCAAUCUGACAGCCUACAUCUCGGUGCCGCCCGCCAAAUCCUCGCCGACACUCCGCUCCACCCGUGGAAACCGCCUCCCACCCCCCACGAAUACGAUCUCGCACGCAUCUCGCCAGAGGCUUCAGCCCGCGAAAGAUAGCAAUGCGUUCCAGCGCGGGAAAAAUAAGGUGGCCGCGGCCUCGGCCGGCGAACGGAAGGAGCGGAAACGCGGUGUUCCCCCGGAGCUGGAAACUAUCGACUUCGAGGCCAGGAGAGCACGCAUCCAGAACGCCUUUACACUCAAGGAGAGUAAUGAACAGCAGAUACGACGGGCGAGAUCGAAUCAGAGUCUUAAGGAAUCCGACGAGGAGGGCAAGAGUGACCCUAAGAAGGGCGCAACUAUGGAUUCGUGCAUUCAGGAGGAGGAUGAGGAGGAGCGGGAGGAAGAGGUACAGGAGCGGAAGAUUGAGGAGGAGCAGAAGAUUGAGGAGGAGCAGGUUGAGCGUCACGAACAGCUAGAGCAGCUAGAAGAGCAGCAACAAGAGGAGCAACGGCAGCAGUCGGAUCUAGAGCGACAGGAGCAGCAAGAGCGAGAGGAGUGGCAGCGGCAUCAGGAGCAACAGGAAGAAUUGGAACGACUGGAGCGACUGGAACGACUGGAACAGCAGGAGCAACUACAGCAACUAAAGCGAGAGCAGCAGGAGCAACUGGAGCAGUUGAAGCGAGAGCAGUUGAAGCGAGAGCAACAAGAACAACUGGAGCAGCUGAAGCGCGAGCAACAGCAGCGGAAAGAACAACAGGAACGGAAAGAGCGGCUGGAGCGCGUGCAGCGUGAGCAGCGUGAGGAACAGGAGCGGCUGAAGCGUGAACGGGAGAUGGAACUAUUUAGGCUGGAACAACAGAAACAGCAAGAGCAGCAGCAGCAGGAAAUGCAAAACGGAAAGGUAGACAGCAGCAACAACGAUACGGAGCCGGAAUUGGAUAUGAUGGCCGAAGAAAUCAUGGCGAAAAUACAUCUGCCGACCGAAAGCAUGAUCACCACUGCUGCCGCACCCGAGACUCGGAGCUCUCGCAAAGAGCCCGUAGAGAGGGAGCUAAUAAUACCUGGUGCAUGGGGCGCUAGCGACGACGGCGACGAAGUCGACUAUCGGGCAGCGGAACGAGUGGACGAGCGAAACACCUAUGUUACCGAGCCAAUCGAUUCUCCUGCAGGUGAUCAGCAAGAUGCCUGGGAGGACACUAGCGGCGAGGAAACCACCGAAGUGGAAAUGACGGAAGUUGAGGCUGAAGUCGAAACCCAGGUAGCGGCGGAGACAGAGGUGGCCUCCAAGACACACGAGCCUGUCAUCGAAGUAGAAGCGGAUCCCACGCCCCUUAGAUCGACCCGGUUCAGUCAGUUCUUUAUGCCAGAGCAGUAUCCCUACACCGCAAAACGCAAUCGCUCGUCUCACAGUCCUUCCUUUUAUUCUUCCGUCAGCAACCGCACCUCUGCAACGCCGAUAUCUGUUGUCAUCACCCCCGACUCUCCAACUCGACCCGCUUUGUACAACAUAUCCAAUAUGUUGCGCCCGAAUUCAGUUGGGUGGACUACGGAUGAAGAGGGUGAGGGUGAUAGCUCGCCAGAAAGGGGGACGCAUGGGACUGCAACGACUUCUACCCAACAGCAUUACGACACGAGGACAAGGUACAAUCCUAGCUUCAACAUCCCCGCAGAAGACUCCGAAACACCGACAGUUUCUCCCUUGGGUGCGACGACUUUCUCUGACGAUAGACGCACUAUCAACUCGUUCUAUUCCCGAUAUGACGAUCACGGAGAAGAAGUGAUCAAUCGCUAUGUUAACGAUGGAAGUCCCGCCGGAGGGUACUCGCACCGAAGUUCCUACGACAACAGCAGCAAGAUCAACGAGCUUGAGGAGGACCGCCGUGAUCUGCACCUCGAUAACAGCGAUGAUUACACAUCGUGCUCGGAACCACCCUCGGCACUGCCGCGAGACAGCUUGGACGACUAUUCUUGCUCCGAGGAAGCUACGCCGCUCUCUGCUGUCCCCAGGCACAGUUUCCUGGAACUUCAGCUGCCCGAAGAUGACGGUUGGACGACAUCUUCAGACUUCAGUCCGGAGUCGGAUGGCAGAGGCGAAACACCAACAACUCCCAGACAACCCAUAGGAGUCGACUCCUCCUCCCUACCCCCGACCCCACCUCCGAAGGACCGGCCACCGCCUCCCCCGGAGAAGGACAAGCCCAAGAAUAUCUCGCCCGUACCUUCAUCUAUAUACAGCAGUGCGCCCCCAUCCCUUCACCAUAGAAGUCUUGCCAUGUCCGGAAACGAACCACUGGGACUGGCAAUUCACUCGAUUCCUGCGCACUAUGACUUCCGUCCGUCGUCUGAUCGCACGUCUUCAUACAACUCGGAGCACUACUAUGCCGGGCCCGGCCAGCGGCCAAGCAUGGAUAGUAGGUCUUCGAUGGAUCAAAGAUCAAGUAUGGAUCAGAGACCAAGCAUGGAUCAGAGAUCAAGCAUGGAUCAGAGAUCAAGUAUGGAUCAGAGGCCAAGCAUGGAUCAGUACUCGCAAAACCGACCGAGCUCGGAGACCAAGUACUCGCCGCCAUCAAGUUUGAGCGAUUCAAGAAGGAGUUUGACCAUUCAAGGGGGAGCUGCGCCUAUCGUCGCGGCCGUCCCCGAGGAUCCGGAUCAGAAGAGACUAAGGAGGCGCCACCAUCUCCUCAAGGAGAUCGUCGACACGGAGAGCGCCUUCUUCAGGGAUAUGACAGUUGCGGUGGAGAUUUAUAAGGGAUCCGCCAACGCUUGUUAUUCCGUUACCGCCGACGAUGUCAAGGUCCUCUUCGGAAAUACGGAUGCAGUGGUCCAGUUUAGUAAAGGCUUCUUGGAGGUACUCAAGCUUUCGGUUUCGAGCGUCUACGUCAUGCGUCGGGGCCCACAUGGGAUCAACAGCAGCGCUGCGAGCGUUGUCAAUUCCAUCAACAGUGAUGAACGGGAAGAGACCCUCACCGAGGAGGAGAAGGAUCGCAAGACGUAUGUCGGAGAAGCGUUCGCCGAGGUCAUGUACAUGAUGGAGAAGGUAUAUGGCGACUACUGCAAGAACCACGAUGCUGCUGCUGCCAGGCUUCAACAACUGGAGACGGUGCCCGGAAUUGCCAUUUGGCUGCAAGAGUGCAAGGCAUGCGCCGAGGAUCUCACCAACGCGUGGAACCUCGAGUCGCUGCUCAUCAAGCCCGUUCAGAGGGUUCUCAAGUAUCCGCUUCUGUUGUCUCAGCUUCUGGAAUGCACGCAUCCCAGCCAUCCAGACUACCCUGCCUUGGAGAUAGUAUCGAAGGAGAUGACGUUUGUUGCUGGACGGAUCAACGAGAUGAAGAAGCGCAAGGACAUGGUCGAGAAGAUCGUGGGACGGAAAAGAAACGAGACCGACAUUAGGCAUGGGAUCACCAAAGGCUUUGCUCGUCGCGCGGAGAAGUUAAGGCAGUCGGUUGGACUGUCGGAAGUAGUUGUGGACGAUACCUACAACAAACUCUUUGAGAACUACAACAUGCAUUACACCCAGGUGGAGGUUGUGCACCGCGACAUCGAGAUAUACGCUAUGGAGAUUCAGGGUCACGUUGAGAACUUCAUUGGGUUUGCGUUGUCAUUCAGCCAGUUUGGCGCGGCGGUUGGUACACGCCAUCAUGUCACCGAGGCUAAGUGGAAGAGGUUCGAUCACAUGAUGCGGGAGAUUUCGACCACGUACCUGCAGGAGCAUAAACUUCGAGUCAAGAAGCACGCCAUUGAGCCGCUCGAGACUCUCCUCAAGAUGAACGAGAGCCCGCAGAUAAUCAUGACCAAGCGGAAUAACAAGGCCGUUGACUAUGCUCGCUUCAAAGCGAUUAAGGACCGCGGAGACACGCCGGAUAAGCGGACUAAGGACCUCGCCGACGCAUAUGUGGCCCUCAACGAGACGUUAAUCGAAGAGUUGCCGCGACUUUUCCACCUCACCAAGAAGCUAGUCGACGCCGUGCUGUUCAAUUUCAUCGAUCUUCAGGCGCAGUGGAUGAACGAUUGGGCGUCGAAGAUUAAGAUGACAUUUAUGGAUCUUGAGAUGCCUCUUAAUCUAGAAGCAUUUGUGGAUGCUUUUGCGACGUCUUUCACGUACAACGAAGCAAUGCUCACGAAACUUAGUAUCUGCAAUGGGUCAUUGAACGCUAUGCAAUUCCCAUCGGCUUCACUUAGCUCAAUGCCAGCAAGUACGGUAUCGCUCGACACGAUAGACAAGAUUACCCCAUUCAAAGUGGCCAGGCCCCAGACCGCCGACGAUGAUGCAAACCGCGGAAGGGCUAUGUCGUUGAACACGACAUCUCCUACUUCUGCAGCAGCUGGUUACGAUCUGUCAGAGCGCCGACAUAGUGGUGGCGCCUCACUGUCGCCGCUGUCCCCGUUGUCUUCGAGCGGCCCUCCGGUGCUCCCUCUCCCGCCCCUCCUUGGCAAUAAUAGAAUUAGAGCCAGUUCGGUGGCCGUGCCGCCGAGAGGUCCUGCCGCGGUGCCACCUGGGGGUCCACAGAGAUCAUACUCUUCGGCUGUCCCCGACAGCCACGCCGCGGCCCAGUCGGCGUUCUUCGAACGUCCACGCCCCCGCCCCUCUUACACCACAGGGGCACCUGCGCCUUUGACGUUGUCUACACGCCGUGCAGAUGCGCCAUCGCCCUCGCCUCCUCUCCCCAGCGCCGCAUUCUCGUCUGCCAUGCCCAUGGACGACGACAGGGAUAGAGAGUCGGACAAUCCUCCCAGAGGACAGUCACGAGACUCGUCGAGAACCCCAUCAAGGACUGAUUUCAGACGGACUCUCACGAUCUCGAACAACGAUAAGGCGAUGUUCAUUGCCGCAUCUCUGUACGAGUUCCACCUGCCCUCCCCGCGCCGUGAGGCCGGAUUUCCGUACCUCAAUUACGUCCAGGGAGAGGUUUUCGAUAUCAUUGGUGUCAAGGGUGAGAUCUGGCUCGCCAGAAACCAGGAUGAUAGACAGGGCGAAAUCGGCUGGAUCUGGUGCAAGCACUUCCGACGUCUGAGCGAAGAGGCCAGCUCUUAGGUGCAGCUGGUCUUCAAAGCUCUACGUUGGUGAUUGGGUGAUUGGUGACGUUGCCUCUUCUUUUUUUUGCUAUCUUUUUUUUAAGUUCUGGCACUACAUCUUCUCAGUGAGUGCAAAGGGGAGCAAUAUUACCGUCAUAUACCAGGGUCGUUUCUUUCUUUCUUU